AUGGUACUCUCACUUCUUCUUCUCCUCCCAGUCUCCGUCAUCACCAUUCUCGUCAUCAUAACCCUUCCCCGACUUCUAGCCAACCCUGCAUUAUCUCCCAAGAAGCCGCUCCCGCCGGGACCAAAACCAUGGCCGAUAGUAGGAAACCUCCCUCACCUAGGCAAAAUGCCUCACCUCUCCUUCCAACACUUCUCCAACUUGUACGGCCCUCUCAUCUCCUUCCGCCUGGGCUCACAACACCUCGUCGUGGCCGAUUCUCCGGCAGCCGCCGCCGAAAUCUUGAGAAUCCACGACCGCAUCCUCUCCGCUAGAUUCAUCUCCAGAGUCUUCCCUUACACCGCGACGGAGCUUGACCGCAAGGCAGUCAUUUGGGCCUCCAGCUGCAACAGCCAGUGGAAGGAUUUCCGUGCCAUGUUCAGGAACCAGAUCUUCUCGAACAAGGCAAUUGAAUCUCAAUCCGCCCUCAGGGAGAAGAAGGUGGCCGAGAUGGUCGAAUUUCUCGGCGGGAAAUUAGGGGAAUCGGUUAGCAUCGAGGAAGUCGCUUUCAGUAGCAUUUUCGACUCGCUGUCGAAUCUCAUCUUCUCUCGCGAUUGCAUCGGGUUCGAACGAAACGAGACCAAGAAUCGAUUGAGAUCCCUGAUCCAGAGGCUGAUAGAAUUGGGAGUUGCUCCUAAUCUCGCCGAUUUUUUCCCGAUUCUGAAGAAUUUGGAUCUACAGGGCCUGACUCGCGAGGCAUCUCGCACUCUCAACCAGAUCUACUCCAUUUUCGCGCCUUACGUCAAGGAGAGGAGAGAAAAGAGGCGGAAUCGAGAUGGAGCUGAAGCUGGAGAUUUCUUGGACAUCUUCCUCGAAAAUGGAAUUGACGACGACCAAAUCAACUGGUUGACUCUGGAAUUGUACGUGGCCGGAACCGACACUACGGCUAUGACGAUAGAAUGGGCGAUGACAGAGCUAGUUCGGAACAGGGGAGCCAUGAACAAACUGCGGGAGGAGCUGAAGAGAGAAGUAUUGUUCCCGCCGCUCCCAGGGGAGCCGCUGAUCAACGAAUCCGUGGCGGCUCAGCUGCCGUACUUGAAUGCGGUCGUGAAGGAGACGAUGAGGCUACAUCCCGUGGGGGCGCUGCUGCUGCCGCAUCGAGCGGCGGAGAGUUGUGAGGUGAUGAAUUACAUGAUCCCGGCGGGGGCUCAGGUCUUGGUCAACGUGUGGGCGAUUGGGAGGGAUCCGACAAUUUGGGGCGAUGAUUCGGCGUCGUUCAGACCGGAGAGAUUUAUUGGGUCGAAGGUGGAUUUCAGAGGUCAGGAUUUCGAGCUGCUCCCGUUCGGCUCUGGGAGGAGGAUGUGCCCGGGAGUGUCGUUGGCCGCCAGACAGGUUCCGUUGGUUUUGGCUGCCUUGGUUCGGAGAUUCGACUGGUGUCUUCCCAGCGGGGAAGAUCCAAUAGAGAUGAAUAUGAGGGAGAAGUUUGGGUUGUUGCUGCAAAAGGAACAACCCCUGCUUCUUGUGCCGAGCCAGAGUUCAUUAUGA